GGGCGGCAGUGGUGUCAUUGAGACUAUGUGGACAGAGCCCCUCCCUCCUGGCACUUCGCCUCAGAGAACCAAGCUGAUAGCAUUGGCAGAGGCAUUGACUCUGGGAAGAGAUUUAAACCUUAAUGUGUAUGUAUACAGAUAGCUGGUAUGCAUGGCACCAUCUACCGGGAACGAGGCCUAUUGACAGCUGAAGGGAAAACUAUUAAAACAAAGAAGAGAUAUUAGCAUUAUUAAAAGCCCUCUGGUUCCCCCAAAGAUUGGCAAUCAUACACUGUCCAGGACAUCAGAGGGGAGAGACUCAAUCUCCAGAGUUAACUGAGCCAACCAAAUGGCAAAGGCAGUUGUGUUAGAGACGGAGCCCAUUCUUGCUCUGGUCGAUCCUGGGAGACCCGGUCCUCCCUAAGGAACCAGUCUUUCUCCAGAGGACAUUAAAUGGACCAGAGGAUUGCCCAUGUCUCAGUACUUAGAUGGAUGGUGGAGAUCAACUGAAGGAAACCUGAUAAUCCCUGAAAAGCUGCAAGAGAAGAUAUUAAGAAAAAUCCAUCACUCCUCCUAUAUGGGUAUCUGGAGGAUGCAAGAUUUGAUUUGACAAUCAGGAGUUAUUAUUAUAAAUGCUAAUUCUAAGAUUGAGAACAUUAUUUCCAACUGCAAGGCAUGCAAAUUGACAAAAGCUGUGCCUAAUGGUAAAAAUGCAGGUGCCUGAGUGAGAGGUUAGAGACCAGAAGCCUACUGGGAAGUAGACUGCACAGAAGUGAAGCCUGGGAAAUAUGGUUACAAGUAUUUGCUAGUUUCUGUAGACGCCUUCUCAGGAUGGAUUGAAACCUUCCUGACAGAGCACCAAAUGACACGAGUUGUAGCCAAGAAGUUACUAGAAGACAUCCUUCCAAGGUAUGGUUUUCCUCAGAAGAUAGGGUCAGAUAACGGACCAGCUUUUGUGUCCAAGGUCCUCCACCGGAGCCUCAUCGCUAUAGACCGGGAGAUUGGGUCUACGUCAGGAGAUACCGUCAGGGGUCGUGGGAAACACACUGAAGGGGCCAUACGUACAUGGUGCUGCUGACAACAACCGACCGACUUGAAGAUUGGCAGCAUUGCCACCUGGACCCACUACACCCACGCCAGACCAGCCGGCCCUUUUGAGACCAAGAAGAACUCUACCAACUGUUGGACGACAUGGAAGGCAUCAAAGGACCCCAAGCACCCACUCAAGCUCAGACUCACCUGAUCCUGAGACUGCUCAUUGUAUGUACUCUGCUUCCCUUAAUAACCGCUUCUGCUCCUGCACACCAGCCCCUCAACCUCACCUGGAAAAUAAUAGCUACCGCCACUGGGGAAGUCGUUAACGCAACCUCCAGACUAGCCCCCAGAAAUACCUGGUGGCCACAACUGGAGUUUGAUCUUUGUGACCUGGCGCAUGCGUCAGGCACCUGGGACCAUGACAGCCCUGAAGAAGGAUAUGGCUGUAAAUACCCUGGGUACCGGGCUAGCCUCCGGAACCGUCAUUUCUAUGUCUGUCCUGGCCACGAUAAGACCGACUCGUGGAUAGAUAAGUGUGGGGGACCCGAACAAUACUUUUGUGCCAGCUGGGGAUGCGAGAGCACAGGACACAUUUGGUGGGAGGCCAAUCGGAAGGACCUAAUCACAGUGCACAGGGGAGGCAACUAUGGGCCCUACACCAGUAAUAACGUCAGCUAUGCCGCUCGCUUCCCGGGGUCAGGAACAGUCUGGAUAAAGGGAAAAAACAAGGGAACAGGUGGCCCCUGUCAUAUGCCUCCAGCUAUGGGAGGAACACCUGGAGGCAGAUGUAAUCAAAUAUCCCUCACCUUUACUGAAUCUGGGAAACAAGCCAGGUGGGAAUCAGGGAAAACGUGGGGGUUAAGGAUACACAGACCCGGUCCCACCUAUGAUCCAGGGUUACUUUUUACCAUCCAACUUACCGUAAAUAACAUCAAAGGACCAAAUCAACAGGCAGUAGGCCCCAGUCCAGUUUUGAGGCUUAAAACCCAACGCCCUGGACCCCCUCAUCCCCCUACCACAAGCCCCAGGGUCUCCACUAGCUCAACAAGUUUGACAACUCCAGAUCUAUGACGGGCAAGACUACAGGCACCCACAAUGCCAACAGGCCCUUACUUUGACAAUGAGCUGAUCUGGACCCUUAUGGAACAAACCUAUCAGAGGGGAGAAUAAGAGACCAAAAGAAUUAAGAAUUAGGUUUUUGGGUUACUGGAUUAAAGUUAAAAGCAGAAGCUUGAAGAAAGACCAGGCAUGUUGAGACAUGUCUGGCCAGCUGCAGGUGGGAGCCAGCCUUGCUACAUUCCUUACUAGCCACUAGAGAUACUGUUGCCAGGAAAUUGGCCCAGAUGGCCCCCAUCUCAUUACAAAAGUCAGUAGCCUUGUUCCUGGAAAUACCGCUGAAUGUGCUAAUUACCCCUUUCCCUAGCAACAGCCAGUCAGCACAGGACAGGACAUUGGACAGAAACCCGAGACCAGAUGUUCCCACACACACACACCAAGAGACAACAGAGAAAGCCAGAAUUGUUUAUGGUUUUGGCACCUUCCCACAGCCAAUCAUUUUAAAAUACAACAUCCCUUUUUAUGUUUCAACCAAUAGAAUUCCCCUGCUUUGGGCACGUUGGGGGUAGGGGGGUGGAGGGGCGGGAAAUUGAACUGAUAAAUCAUCCUCAAUCCUGAGAGCUCGGGGUUCUCAGUUGUAUACUGGUGCCUUGAUGUCUGUGAGAGUCCCAGCUCAAGCUGUGAAUAAAGAUCCUUGUGUGUUUUGGAACGGACUCGAUUCCUGAUGGUCUUUUGGAGGUUCUUGCAAAUCGGGCACAACAUAUGAGUGUUUUGUCUGCUUGUAUGUGUGCGUGCCUGGUGCCCACUGAGGUAAGAUGAGAGCAUUAGAUUCCCUAGGACUGGAGUUAUAGAACUUUGUUAGCUGCCACAUGGGCUCUAGAACCUAGACCUGCUCUUGCAGGUCCUCUGCAAGAGCAG